GAAAUGGCAAAGAACUCGUCGAACUCGACGAAGAAGACGGUAAUGAUGAGAAGUAGUUGCGGGUUUACUUCGGUCAGUGAGGAUGUUAUAGAGAACAUUCUGACAAGGCUGAACGCUUUGUCGUUUGCUUCAGCUUCUUGCGUUAGCAAAUCGUGGAACAAUGUUUGUGUUCGGAUCCUGUCAAAACCGAAGCUUGCCACUGCUCUUUCUCUUAACCCUUCUCUCGAAGAAGCUAUGAAAGAGGUUCUUGACAAGGUUCUUCUAGAGCCUAUUGUUCCUCACUUUGUUAUUGCCUGCAUUGGCAAGGAAUUCAUCUUGGAAGUGACUCACCAACUGCUCACAACGAGAUUCGGUACAAGAGUUCCCAUAAUUACCAAUGCUGCCAGUGGGAUCAUUGGUCUUGAUGCUGCUACUGAUAAACUGAAAGAAAUACGGUGGGGAAAAAGCGACGAAGACGACGAGGACAGCGAAGAUGACGACGAUGAUGACGAUGAAGGUGUAAUUAAUCGAGGGAUUGUUCUGGUUGUUGGAUUUGUUCCGGGUCUCAAAGUUGAAGCCAUUCCACUUUUGCGUUCCAAGGAGAUUCAUCGAACAGCUUUCGUGGACAAGUUCGUGACCGACAUAAAAGACUAUACUUCUUCUGUUUCAGACACUACCUCACCUUCUGGGAUCAUUUUGUUUGGAGAUCGAAACAUGGACAUUAAACCUAUUCUUGCAAGAAUUGAUUGGGAACUAGAAAAGGAAACAGUAAUCGUCGGAGAUGCGAAAGGGUGCUUCUUAAGCACAAGUGUUGAUAAUUCUCACAAUAACAACAAAGAUGACUACUUUACUGGUGCUGUUGCUCUUGUUUUUGCCAAGGACAAACACAAAUCUCAUGGAAUUGGAGAAAUUGAAUUUCAUUUGACCCUGUCAACGGGUAUGAUGCCAUUUGGUCCUCAGCUUCAGGCAAUCUGCGUAAUCGCGAAAGACGCAGAUUACUCAUGGCUCACCGCUCGAAUGGACGGAGAUUAUGAAAUCCUUGACGGCCAAGUUCUCUUAUCAGAUAUAAAUGAACAGUUCAGAGACCAAGAAUUUCCUGAAAUUUAUAUCGGAGUUGUACAACAAAGAGAAUACCAAAUCAGCCCAGAAAGCACAAUAUCAAAAGCAUCCAUGGAAUUUUAUGAAGUUGUCGGAGGAAAUAGACAAUUCUUCGUCAUUAACGGAGUCGGCAUCAGACCAGGAGACUACUUCCUGUUUUACCAUUCAGAUUCUGAUACUGCAUCAUCUUCCUGCGGUGAUGCAUUUAGAGAUCUAAAAAUUCUGAGACCGGAAUUGAAAAGCAAAACCUGUAGUAAUAAAGGUUCAUGUAGCAGUAGUAGUAGAAGUGCAGAACGAGAAGUAUUCGGAGGGUUAAUGUUUUCGUGCCAUUCCAGAGGAGAAGUAUUCUAUCCGAAGGAGGAUAGCUCUCCGAUUCAUGGAAAUUUUCCCGGAGUUCCGUUAGCUGGAGUGUACUGCGUCGGAGAAAUUGGAAGAGGAGGUUUUUCACCGUCAAUUACUCAAGAAGAUGAUGAAGAUAAGUCGGCUAGUUGCUCUCUGCAUUACCAUAGCUCGAUUUACUUGGUUUUAUCGUAUGUUCCGCCGUCAACUUCUUCAGAGUCGGACCGUUAAACUUUUGUUUCAGACUAUGAAAGCCAUUAUACAUGAGCACAGCU